AUGACUCUGCCACAACCACCAACAUCAGACCAAAAGCCCCCUCUUCCCAGGCGACAAAUCAGCAUGCCACGAUCACCAGAACCAGCCCACCCGCCUCGAGAUCUCAGCCAGGGGGCCUUGGGAUUCUCUUGGAUGGGGGCUCGAGGUAUAACGCGCUACGCUGAGGAAAGCACUGGUGGGAGUGAGUGGUGGGCCAGGCCGUAA